GGAUAAAUCUUUCAUUGUCCGUCCACGCGAUAGUGUGUUGAACGAUACAUUUACUAAGUAAAAAGGAAUAAUGUCGAAGCGACUGAUUUGGUGGUGGAAAAUUAUUAAGCACUACUUAAUGAACUGCAGCAUCCACGGCGUUAGGUAUCUCGUAGAUGGCCAGCUUUCGUAUUUGGAAAGAUUCUUUUGGCUGAUAUCCUGCGUGUUGUGUUGGUACGGUUGCGCAUUAAUGAUUAGAGACGUAAUUAUAAAAUACAUCGAAUAUCCUGUCGCUGUAACCGUCGAGACCAUGUACGUCGAUUGGAAGACACCGUUUCCCGCAGUUGUUUUUUGCAUUGCCAAUGCAAAAACAAUUACAAACAAUUAUUUCAAAAAGGAUGUUGGACUACUUUCAAAUUACAGCAAUCGAAAGUUACUCUCUGCAACGACGGAGGAACUGUUGUCCGCUUACGAUGAGAUGAGAAUUCCCUGUACAGAAUUGUUGGACUACUGCGAAUGGAACAGAAUGACGUUCAAUUGCUGCAACGAAUUUCACGAAUUAAGAAAAUCUGGUGUCGGUCAUUGCAUCGCCAUGAAUACGUUUCAUCUGAGUAAAGUUGGUGAACCGGGCGUACGAUUCUUCGUCAAUCGUACAGUACAAAAUGGCGAUCUUACCAUUAAUAUAAAGUCAAUGUCGAAGUCUAUAACGAGAGUUUUCUCGAUUCACGUGUUCCCCAAUUUAGGGCUACCAACAAGUAGUAACACAGAAAAUAAAGGGAUGCUUGUGAAAGUCGGCAAAGUGGCCCGCUUUGACUUCACGAUGUUCGACACGUUCAACGAGGACGGUGUAAGGGCAGUCGCGAUCCAACGUCGAAAUUGUCGGUUCUCGGAGGAGACGCAAGAAAACAGUAUGUUUGAGAUUUACAGUAGCGACUCGUGUAAUCUAGAGGUAGUCAUAGAGCGAAUGAUACAACUUUGCGGCUGCGUGCACUUUUAUUAUUCCGUACCGCGCGGUGCACGAGUGUGUAACGGAACCGAAAUGCAAUGCAUAAUCGAAAAUAAGCCGAACAUCCUCUCGCAAGAGAUGCACGAACGAUGUCUGCAGAACUGCGAUGGAACAUCGCUGCUUAUAAACCGAUGGGAAGAAGCUGAGACCAUGGAAGAGGGUCUAGCGUACUCGCGCGUGCACUUUAAACUAUUAUCGAAGCCAACCAAGAGAUAUCGUCGAUACGUAGCCAACGAUCUCUUGGACGUUACGGUUUCAGUCGGAAGUGCGUUAGGUCUCUUCAUGGGCAUGAGUAUUUUAAGCAUUUUCGAGAUUCCGUACUUGUUAUUUAUACGCCGAGACGAGAUAACGUAAAACCACGCCAGUCGGAUGUUGGUGUCAAAAAACGUAGUCAAAGAUUGAUUUACUGCACGCAUAUGUUUUGAAACUUUCCAAUGAUAUUUAGACUACUGCACCGGUUUAUUUAUGCAACGUAAAUAUUAUAAAUCACCAAGGGAAACGCUAAUAAGCUUUUGCAGGUAUUCA